UCAGGGGCCAUAUUGUUGAUGUGUCACCUCGGGAGGAGAGCACUCACACGGACUUGACUCUCACUAUUUAUCACGGCAGCUGGUGUAUGGCAUUUUAAAUGGAUUUAACAUAACUGUGCCAGUAGCUGAAGGAGGUCAUGGAGCCAUCGGACUGUCACAGAGAACUGACCCCUGCCUCUCACCCAUCCCAAAUUUCAGAGGUCAGCAUGGUUCUGGAAGGGUCAAACGAUGUCCUCAGCAGUGGGGGUGAAUCUGAUUUAAAAGAACAGGAGGAAGACACUGAGCUGGACAGUCUUGAGCUGCAUGGUACUCUUUCAGAUAGUGUGGACAGAGAAGGUCAGAGACCAGACAUGCACAUGGAGGUCCAGCGAGAUGAAGGACUUGGAGAACAUGCCCUGGGUGAUGGGAACACUAGCUGUGACAGUGGAACAGCCUCCAUUGAUGAUGCCAGGUCUCCACCAGCUGUUCACGACAGUGCUGUGGAAUCACUUCCUGCUGUUCUCGAUGGAGAAUUCGAAUGUUCUGACCUUGAAGAACCAGCGGAGGUGGUUCCAGAAUCAGAAGGUGGGACUCGCAAUGAAGUUGAGGAAUCUUCUCCCUCUGUACUGAAUGGGACAGAUGAUAUUUCAUCCACACAUAUGUUCAAUGGGCCAACAGACCUUAACAGAACUCCUUUGACUCUAACAACUCCAGAUGUUGUUUCAGUACCCCAAAACUCGCAAUCCAACUCCAACAUGAACCCGUAUGACACGGACUGCAGCAGAAAACUGUUGUCUGAGAUCCAGCGCUCUCUGUCUCAGGAGUCUCUGCUGGAUGAGCUGGAGGAUGAGCUGUUGAACAGUCAGUCAGAUGGCAUGCGCAAGGGAAGUCCUCCCAAUGGGCUUCAGAAGGACCAGAACUCCAUGGUUCUAUUUGAGAAGUGUGUACAAUACAAGUACUCCCAACAGGAGAAAGCCAUCAAGAGAUUACUUGAUGAGAAUAAGAAACAUCAGGAGCUGAUUCUGGGCAUCUGCUCUGAGAAAGACAACAUGAGGGAUGAGCUGAAGAAGAGGAUGGAGACAGAGAAACAACAUCUUUGCACCAUUAAGAAAGUAAUGGCAACCAUAAAUUGUUUGUGUGUAUGUGUCUUCAUUUGUUGUUUUUUUUGUGUAUUUUUGGAUAACCUGACUAUCUAUUUGUCCAACCAUGAAUACAAGGAAGCGUUCAAGAAACAUUGUUGUAAAGAUUAAACAGUUUAGCUUGAAAUUUGCUUUAAUUUUCAUAUAUUGUCCAAAGGUUAUGUAU